GCGCAGUCGGGCGCCAUAUUCCUUGUUUAUGAGAUCUAUGGAAUAAGGAAGUGAGCCCACCUGAAGGCGCACUUGCACAGGUGAGGGAGUGGCCACCUGCUCGCUGUCGGGUCCGGACCGUCUGCGAGGAAUAACACCUUCUGUCCAGCUACUGUCCCCCGAAGGGAUCCAAACACAACCAGGUGAUGAUAUGACGGCGCCGACCCACUCGUGAGAAUGUACGAGGUGAUGUCCGGUGACACCCUCUCCUGGAAGGUGCCCAGUCCAAGAAAAAGCAGCUCGGGGUCCAGCCACGAGUCGGCCUUCACUGGAGACGGGGGGCCAGUCAAGAUCCUCAAAGUGUGCUUCUGCACCAACAACAACCUGGGCAAGAACUUCAAGCUGGUUAAAUGUGACAGCUCCUGGCAAAUUAGGGCCAUCAUCCGUUCCAUCCUGAUCUGCGGUCGACUGGGGCCGAACAUCGGGCACGCCGGAUGCUACGGCCUCCUGCUGAAGCACCUGAAGUCAGAGGAGCUUCACUGGCUGCACCCGGAUCUGACCGUCGGGGAGGUGGAGCAGCGCUACGAGAGCCAUCACGUGGAGGCUGAGUGGAGGUACGACCUUCGUAUAAGAUACGUUCCUGUCAAUUUCUUGAAGAAAUUCCAGGAUGACAGAUCCACGUUAGUGUUUUUUUACCAACAGGUGCGUAGUGAUUACAUGCAGAGUUACGCCUCUAAGGUCAGUGACGGGAUGGCGCUGCUGCUCGGCUGUUUGGAGAUCCGGAGGUUCUACAAAGACAUGAAUGCAAAAGGUCUUGAGAAGAAGUCCAACUUUGAGCUGCUAGAAAAAGAGGUCGGCUUGGACCUCUUCUUUCCUCAACAGCUGAUUAACAGCAUGAAGUCAAAGCAGCUACGGAAGUUGAUCCAGCAGACGUUCCAACAGUACGCAACCCUCAAGGAGGAAGACUGCAUGAUCAGGUUUUUUGAGACCCUCAAAGAGUUUAUCAACUACGAUGAAGAGGUUUUCCCGUGUGAACUUGUGCAAGGUUGGAGUCUGGCAGUGGAGCUGGUCAUCGGUGGGAGGGGGAUUCGUCAACGCACACAGAAGAAUUCAGCGCCGGUUUUUCUAGCCGACUUCAAACAGAUCAAGAAAAUCCAAUGCUUAUCUCAGAGCGAUGGGAAGGCUCUCCUGGACCUCAGCGUGGAGGGAGCCAGACAGCGGCUGUCGAUCAACGUGGCGACGGUCCCCAUGGCGGAGAACAUGAUGGACCUCAUCGACGGCUACUGCCGCUUGGAGAAAGACACGGACGAAAGCGUCAUCCACCGGCCAAACGCAGAUGCCAACGCGCGGUGUGCUCUGCCAGAGAUUCCUACGGACAAAAGAGACUCCGGCUCGGUCAGGAACAGUAUGGGGUCGGAUAUCUAUUGUGAGAUUCUCGAUGAAAGGCCGACUUCAGUUGUUAAGUACGGAAUCGACCGGAAUGACAUCGUCCUCGGCCGAAUACUUGGUUCAGGUUUUUUCGGGGAAGUCUACGACGGAGUUUACAAAAAAGAUAGUGGCGAGCGGAUUAACGUGGCAGUGAAGACCUGCAAAGACUGCUCACCCGACGUGAUGGAGAAGUUCAUGAGCGAAGCGGUAAUCAUGAAGAACCUCAACCAUCAGCACAUUGUCAAACUCAUCGGAAUCAUCGAGGACGAUCCCGUGUGGAUCGUCAUGGAGCUUUAUCAGUACGGAGAGCUCGGGAACUACCUGACAGAGAACAAGAAUAAGCUGACCAACAUUACUCUGGUGCUGUUCAGCCUGCAGAUCUGCAAAGCUCUCGUCUACCUCGCAGGGGCCAACGUGGUCCACAGAGACAUCGCUGUGCGGAACAUCUUAGUCGCCAGUGCAGACUGCGUGAAGCUCGGAGACUUCGGUCUGUCGAGAUACAUCGAGCAUGAGGAAUACUACAAAGCGUCUAUUACUCGGUUGCCGAUCAAGUGGAUGGCUCCGGAAUCCAUCAACUUCAGACGUUUUACCACCGCUAGUGAUGUCUGGAUGUUUGCCGUGUGCAUGUGGGAGAUAAUGAGUUGUGGGCAGCAGCCGUUCUUCUGGCUGGAGAACCGAGACGUGAUCAACCAGCUGGAGCAGGGAAUCAGGCUGCCGAAGCCAGACAACUGCCCCCCUGCCCUCUACUCACUGAUGACGCGCUGCUGGUCCUACGAUCCCAGUGAGAGGCCCAACUUCACCGAGCUCGUGGUGAAGAUCAGUGAUGUCCACAAUAUGGAGAAGGAGCAGGAAGUGGAGAGAGAGAGGGAUAGAGCGCGCUCCACCAAAAUAUUUGACCCCAAGUUCAACUUCAACGAGCCUCCUCCCAAGCCUUCCAGAAUGAAACCAGGCCGCUUCGGGAACACGCUCAGUAUUGGACUACACAUUCAGCUGAAGGAGACUCUGUGUGCCAGCUCGCCUGACCUGGCCAGCCCGUGUGACUACCAGUCUCCCGUCGACUCCAUGGGCGCGCUCGCGUUGCCGGCCAUCAGGUCCCCUCGGCGCCGCAGCUUCGGGGAGGGCGAGUUUUCCCGAGUGGAGGUGAACGUCAUGGAGGACGCCACGCGCCUCUGGCAGGAGGAGCGGCAGCAGAUGCAGAACACCCUGCGCCGGCAGAAGGAGCAGAUGAUGGAGGACAAGAAGUGGCUGGCGAAGGAGGAGAGACUCCUGGACCCCAUGGGAGCAGAGGAGGCUGCCGGCACAGCGUCCCCUGAAGGUGAUGCAGAACAUUCAGCCCCAGAUAAGCCCCCGAGGCUCACGGCACAGCCGACGCCCACAGCUGAGCUGGACCGCUCCGAGGACAAGGUGUACCAGAACGUCAUGGAUCUGGUCAAAGUCGUCGUCCAGCUCAAGAAUGACAUCACGGAGGUGCCGCCGGAGAAAUACAUCACCGUCGUCCAGUCUGUGGGGAUGGCUUUACGACAUCUGAUCCGCAGCGUGGAUGACAUACUGCCCACCUUACACGAGUCAGUCAGGACCGAGAUCGAAGGCACCCAGAAGCUGCUGAACAAAGACAUGGCGGAGCUGAUCAGCAAAAUGCGGCUGGCCCAGCAGAAUUCCAUCACCUCUCUGAAGGAAGAUUGUAAAAAGCAGAUGUUGACCGCGGCACACAACCUGGCCAUGGACAGUAAGAACAUGUUGGACGCUGUGGACCAAGCCAGAGUCCGGGCCAACUUGGCGAAGCCGGUGGCCCCCUAGUGGAGACAGCAAGCGCUUCUUUUCAGCUUCAGGCCCGUGACGCACGUCUGUCAGUAAGAAAUAACAUUUGCACAAAUUUGAGCAUUUCUGACGUCAUCAAACUGCUUAAGUUGAGACAUGGUUGCAAACGUGUUGUCUCCUCCUUCGGAAAUGAAAGUAACAAACGUUACAGACGUGGAUGAUACAUUUCCCUGCAGGUGAGAUCGCCGCAUCUCGUUUUAUCAGUAAUAAGUGUAAUAAGUGUUGAAUGAACUACGCCACAGUCUUAUAAGCUUGAGUUUACACAACAAGGCUGUGAAGGUAGACCAGUCGGCAUGAUGACAUUUUGUAGUCUCAUCUAUCCUCCUUUUUUAGCUUCAGAAUUCCCAAAGGCUAUCCACUGACAAUCUCGUACCGCAGGACAUUAAAAUAUCAAAAAGCAUUUCUAUCCACAAACCACAAAAGCCAUUCAAAGAACCCACUGACCCUCAAGUACAAAAGUGCUGCUAACGCUUUCCUGCAGCUCUGCAUGACUCAACAUUUAUCUGGAUGGAUAAGUCCUGAACUCCAGUUUUAAGUUGUACAACUGUGGAUAUGGACAACAAGAAAAAAAAGUGCAUGUACUUAACGAGGUAGUAUGUAUACUGAAAAUAAUGGUCGAUAAGCAUCAUAUUUACGAUGCAUUCAUUUCAUGAUGACUUCAUGUAAUGGUCACUGUUCUCAUUUUUGAUUUAUUAACUUGAUUAUCUGUGCAGGAAUUGAAUUGUUCCCUUAAAUAUAAGCAAAUUGUUUAAUAACGGGAUCUGAACUUAAACAUGAGUAAAGGGUCUAGUCUUUCACACCUGAGUGAAAUGUUGACAUUAUUCAACCAAAUGGUUUGAAGAACAUUCAACUGUUCAGUGUUUUAUAUACGUAGUAGAUAUCUCAAGUGUGAGACUAGUGUCCAUGUCCAUUUCUAGCAAGUAAAUCAUGUGAUCUAAAAAUAAAUAUGACAUAUGCUUCUC